CGUUUUCAAAAGAAGUUUCAGAAUUUUAGAUGAUUGUUAAAACGAUGAUUCAAAAAAUAAAUUGUAAAAAGUAGUACAAUUUAAAUGACAAAAUUGACCAUUUAAAAUUUGAUGGAACCAGGCAACGUUAUGCUAAUCAAGGAAAGAUACCAAUAUAAUCAACUGAUUAAGAUUAAUUAUAGCUGAAGCAGUGAAUUUACAGCAGCAGCAGCAGCAGCGAUUGUAUUCAAAUGAGCGUCGCCGCCGCCUUCAAAUCUCUCAAAUCUUCCGCCCUCUUCUCAUGGAAACCCACGGGAAAGCUACAGAAGACUGUGGCGAAUUGCAUCGAGAGAACCGGCCAGGGACUCCACUCGGGUGAAAUAUCCACUGUUAAAAUUCUGUCGGAGGCCGCCCGCGCCGGCCGCUACUUCAUCUUCGGGUCAAACGUUAUUCGCGCAUCGAUUGACAACAUUGUGAGGGACACGCCUCUAUGCACUGCGCUUUCGAGAGAUGGCUACAGCGUUCGAACCGUCGAGCACUUGCUCUCCGCUCUCGAGGCCUGUGGCGUCGAUAACUGCCGCAUUGAGAUUGGCGGAUCCAACAAUUGCGAUCGCUCUGUUGAGGUUCCUAUCUUUGACGGGUCAGCAAGAGAAUGGGUGGACGCAAUCAAUCAAUCCGGAUUAAAGGUGGCUGUAGAUAUUGGUGGUCAAAGUUGUCAAAAAUUAGCGCCGUAUCUCAACGAACCUGUUCAUGUGCUGCAUAAUGAUUCUUUUAUAGCAGCAAUCCCUUACCCGAAAGUCUGUAUCACAUACGGGAUUGACUACCCACAGGCACCUGCAAUUGGUUGCCAAUGGUUCUCUUCCUCAAUGUUGGAUGAAUCUAUCUACUCCAAUUCUAUUGGUCCAUCUAGAACAUUUUGUAUUUAUGAAGAGACUAUACCAUUUCACUUUCUCAGCUUCAUGUAUCCUCUUAAAAAUAUGUGUGCGAGAAGUUUGACUCAUCGUAUAGGACCAGUCACCAGAAUAGUAUCUUUUAUCUUCUACACGUUUCCAGCUUUGAGUGGCUUCGUCUCUGUAGAGGUGGAACAUAUGCGCAACUUAGGACUUAUCAAAGGGGGUUCGGCAGAAACAGCUAUUGUCUGUAGCAUGACUAAGGGAUGGAUGAAUCCACCUCUGCGCUACGACAAUGAACCUUGCAGGCAUAAGGUGUUGGAUCUUAUUGGCGAUUUUUCCCUUUUGGCUGAAGAGGGUAAUCAAGGUCUUCUGGUGGCUCACAUUGUUGCUUAUAAGGGUGGACACUCACUGCAUGCUGAAUUUGUUCGCCGCUUAGUUGGGAAUGAUGCAGUUUCUGAGGAGCUCACAGCUUAGAAGAACAACGGAACUUCAUGCAUACAAGAAGCUAAGGUAGACAUCAUUGUCCCAUAAUAAUUGCAGUGCAUGUAAAGCUGAUCGUUGACAUGCAUAAAUUUUAUUUAACUCAUUUAUUGGUUUAUUUUUUUAACUCUGGUAACACUUUUCUAAUAUUGCAUCACUCUUGGAAACAUUGGAUGCCUUACCUGAUACAGUGAUACUCCAUAAAUCUACCUCAUAAAUGUCACAACGUUAUAUUACUGAAAACAUAAAUUGUAAUACAAUUUGUGAUUUUAAAAUUUAAAA